UUUUUUAGCAUCCCUGUUACAAAUUCCGGUAACCCUUAUGUGGAAGUUGAAAGUGACUCCUUGAAGAUGAAAAGGUCGAACUUAGAGAGGAAGAAAAAAAAGAAAUCAAAUUUAAAAUAAAAACAAAAACACGUGCUUGACUUUUUUUUUUCUCACAAAAAUCCAUUCAAACUGAACUUUAAAAACGUUUUAAUUAGUUCGGACUGAAUAAACUGAAUAUUACAAAAUCGACAAAGUAGUGGAAAAUUUACACUCAUCCUAUGGAAAUUUAUCAUUCGUAAAAUCGUAAUCCGAUUUCGGAAAUAAAUUAAAGUUUAUGUUAGUUCUUAUUUCCUCUUAAGAUUUUUUCACAUCUUCCUCGUCCCGAACUUUAAUAUAGUUUUCUUGAACACGAAUGUGAGUAAUUUAUGAUUGGUAUAGUAUUUUUUUUAAAUAACAAAUGCGUGGAACAUAUUGUUGAAUAUCCAUCAUAUUUUUUGUGAAUAUACAUUCCAUAUUUGUUCGAGUUUAAUUAUAAAACAAAAAUGGCAGCAUCUCAACCUCCUCCGCCUUCCAUGCCAAAUUAUAUUCGAUUUUUAUUUGGUGGUACCGCAGGAAUGGCAGCUACUUGCUUUGUACAGCCUCUUGAUCUCAUUAAAAACAGAAUGCAGCUCAGUGGUGAAGGUGGAAAGGCUAAAGAGCAUAAAACUAGUUUACAUGCUAUAAAGAGUGUUAUUAGAAAUGAGGGAAUAUCAGGUCUUUAUGUUGGGCUUUCUGCUGGCUUGCUACGUCAAGCAUCUUACACAACUGUCAGAAUGGGAGUUUAUUCAACAUUAUUUCAGAAGUUUUCAGGAGAUAGUGGUAAACCUCCCGGUUUCUUUAUGAAAGCAGGAAUCGGUAUGGCUGCUGGAGCAGUAGGUGCUUUUUUUGGAACACCAGCUGAAAUAUCUUUGAUUCGUAUGACAGCUGAUGGAAGGCUUCCGGAAGCUGAGCGGAGGGGGUACAAAAAUGUUUUUGACGCACUCAUUAGAAUAACUCGCGAAGAAGGAGUUCUUACACUGUGGCGGGGGUGUGUUCCAACUAUUGGUAGAGCUAUGGUAGUCAAUGCUGCACAAUUAGCUUCAUAUUCUCAAGCAAAACAGAUUUUACUCAAUACAGGUUAUUUUAGAGAUAAUAUAAUGUGUCACUUUGUUUCAAGUAUGAUCAGUGGUCUAAUCACAACAGCUGCAUCAAUGCCAGUCGAUAUAGCUAAAACUAGGAUACAGAACAUGAAAAUGAUAGAUGGCAAACCUGAAUACAGAGGUGCAGGGGAUGUGCUUAUGAAGGUGAUAAGAAAUGAAGGAUUCUUCAGCUUAUGGAAAGGAUUUACACCUUAUUAUGCUAGACUGGGACCACACACAGUUUUAACUUUCAUAUUCUUAGAGCAAAUGAAUCAAUAUUACCGUUUCUAUGUUUUAGGUGAUAAAACAUCAGGUGGUGGUGGACUCUAAUCAAGAAGAUUUACUAUAGCUCUUUAAAUUGAUUCAUGCAAUUAUGGAAUAACAAUUUAUAUUUUGUUAAUUUAGUUAAAAAUCAAAAUUUAUAUUUUUGCUUGACGAAUUAAUGCAUAUUUUUUUCAUAUCUUUGGGUCCGACUUUCCGUUGUUGGGAAAAUGAAAUUUAUUCAAAAAUAUUUUUUGGAAUAAGUUUGGAUAUGAACCCGGUAUAUCCUUUUUCUUUACUUAAAUAUGCUUUUGUUUGUUUUUUUGAAUUGUUAGAUGUUUAAAUAAUUGUGCACUAGUGCCAUGAAUGUAGUAUAUUGUACAUUGAUUAAAAUAACUUUUAUGAAUAUUAUAAUCAAUAAUUAGUAUUAUUGAGAAGAUUAUAUAUUGUUGUUUAACUUGUUGAUUUGCAUUUAAAAUAUUUUGGAAACAAACAACACCUAUAGAUAUUUAUAUACAAUUUAUUGUGCAUUAUUAUUUGUGUUGUAUAAUCAUGUUUUUGUUUUCAAGUUCAAUAAAUUGUGUAAAUUUUAGUUGUAGUUUAAAAAUAAAAUCUGUUACUACAUUUGGACUUGAUACAUAUUUUUAAAUAUGUAAAAGAGCUUGGGAUAGUAUAGAGAUAGGCCACACUUUUCCCAAAAGUUACAUUUUUAGGUCAACCUGUUUGGUUGUAUUGUUUUCAAUUAAGUACUUUGCUAGUUCUUAAAAUUUCUAAGAGGUAAUAGCACAAUGCUCAGAAACAUUUUAUUAUUAUAUGGUGCUUUUUUUCCCCCAACAAAAAUGCUCACCUGUCCUAAGCCCUUCACAUAUAUUUUUAAUAUAAUUUUAAUUUUUCUUAUUUUUUAAGAUUUUUGUUUCUGAUACAAAUCUGUUAAUGAUAAAUAUUUCAGCAACUUGCGAUGUAAUGUUGAUUUAGUUAUUUCUAUUGGAAAUAAUUAUAUGCAAAUAUUAUUUGAAAUUGUAUUCUCAAAAAAACAUAUUGUAUAAGAAAUUAAUUUUUUUUAAAUGUCUCAUUGGAAUCCUAUAGAAUUAAUAAAGAAAAAAAGAGGCAGUAGCUUGAAUUUCGUUUUAAUUUAGUUAAUUCGAUUGAAAAAGCUAAUCAUCACCCUCUUUGUUGCAGCCCUUAAA